GGCAACUUUGUAGAGUACCCAAUCAUCAAUACUAACUUCGAAAUUGAUCACUCAGAUAGUUUUUGGAUAGCUUCUUAAUUAUCCGUUUCCACUCUGCUUAGCUUAUUUUAGUUGCAAACUUUUUCUUCAUGAUGUUUGCACGGCUACGUAAUUGUGAACGUGCGAUAUCUGAUACGUACGUCGUCAGUCAAAAAAUACACACAGGAAACACGAUUUGCAAGAACACUCGUGCUGGGGUGGUACGUCGAACUAGAGAUCAAUCCCACCCCCUCACCUAUGAGCAGUCAAAAAAGCCACAUCAAAUUGGUUUAAUGAAGUCUUGGAAUUCUUGGAAUACUUCAAAUUUGGAAGGAGAAGACCGUUACACUUCGGAAGUUACCCUUCAUGACCAGUUCAUUCGAACAUUUAUUAAUGGAACUUUUCCUUUGUUGGUUCAAAGUGAAGUUAUUAUCAAACGACAAUGUAAUGUAAUACGUGUAGCUUUUUUACUAUUAAAGAGAAUAUCUCCAGGAGAAGCUAGUUUCCUCAUUGGUUACACAGAAGAAAUGCUUUCUCUUAUACUUCGAUGUGUUGUGAAACUAGAAGUACAAUUUGUGAUAUCCAAAAAUGAUGUUAUAUUUCGAUAUGUUUAAUCAUUGAACUGAAUUAUUAUUUAUUACAUUGUAUUCACAAAAGUAAUAUAUUUUGUACAGUGUAUCAUUAUUAUAGCCUUUAAUAUACUGCCUAUUUAAUUAUAA